GUGCUAUUUCCCAUUCUCUACUGUUCACCAAUAGCUAUCAUAGCUCAAACCCAAAGAUCUAUUUCUAUCAUAACUAGUGGUUUUCUUUCAAUAGCAGCAGUAACUCUAAUUGUUAUGACUACCAUUAUUGACCAUCAAAAAUAUGAAUUCAGAAGAUCUAAGGGUGUGAUCAAAAUUAAUGGAGUGGAUCCAUUUUUUAUUACUGCUAAAUACAAGAACGACAAUGGUGACACAGCCGCGAAUUUAUUAUUGGGAAGCGGUUACUGGUCGAUAAGUCGACAUCCAAACUAUAUUUGUGAAGCUGCCACGUUUGCCGUAUUCUCAGCAUUUCAAGGUCCUGCAACGCUUGCCUGCCAUCUACCGGCCGUUUUCAUCGCAGUAUUUUUAUUUGUUCGACUAAUGAAUGAUGAGACGCGGUGUUUGGCAAAAUAUGGCCAAUCAUGGAUACAACACUGUAAUAAAGUGCCGUUUCGGAUACUACCUGGAAUUUAUUGA